AUGUCUUCUUCUCCUUCUUCAUCAUCAUCAUCAUCAUCUUCUUCUUCUUCUUCCGAAGAUGGCAAUGGCAAUGGCAAUGGUGCAAGAAGAGGUGGUGAUUUCGAAGGGCCAACUUUGAGGCGUAGACGUGCCAAUAAUGAAAUAUGGCCAGGGCCUUUUGUUGAAGCUGUGGUUCAAGUCGCCAUUGAUGCUUAUCGUUCUCUUGCCCUUGCUGCUGCUGCUGCACUGGCCAAUGUGUUUCAGGCGCUUCUGCAGUUGUUACCCCGGUCAAGCAAUAAUAAAUCUCAUUGCAGGAGCAAGUUAAUGGAAAGCUUUGGAUGGGAUCAGUCAAAGCCAGCAUGUGCAAUGCCGAAAAGCACAUGGAGCCCAAUGCUGGGUAUUUUUAAACUGAUGUCUCCUGUUCAUCUGGAUAAGGUUUGUUCCACGUGGCAAGCUACCUCUCGCUCUGAUCCACUGUGGCACCGUCUCACCAGCGUUAUAUGGGGCCGGACCCAUCGCAUGCACGCUACGUGGCGUGAGGAAUACAUUUACCGUCAUCAAACGGCUCAGAAUUUUCGUGCUGGGAGAUCACUUCACGAGACCCUCCACUUCGAUCCAUCCGACGUGGACACCCCAGAUGGGCUGACGUGCCGUUGCCUUACCCUCUCUGACACCCACCUUGCUUGCGGCUUCGCUGAUGGCACCGUCCGCCUCUUCGAUCUCGCCACCCGCCUACACGUCAGUACCUUCCGUCCCCACCACCGCGACCGCUUCGGCCGCUUCUCACGCGCGGUAUCCGGCAUUGUGAUUACCGACCCCAGGCUCAUUUUCGCCACCCUGGAUGGCGACAUCCACGUUGCGGUCAUAGACGGGGAGCCCCAUGCGCGCAGCCACAUGGGUAACGUUUUGGACGAUGGUGCCUUGGUGGACUUCACCGGUUGUGAGCGCUGGUGGGUGGGCCUUUAUGCAGGGGUCCCGGGCCGGGCUUUCCACAUUUGGGAUGGUAACACUGAAGAGCUAGUUUACGUGAACACCACUUUGACUGACCCAGGAGCCGUAAUGGGGUGGCACAUGUUGACUGAGUUGACUGAAACCAUAGGCCGAGUCAGGGUGACGAGUCAGGAAUCGGCCGUGGCAUGUACGAGUUUGAGGUACAUGGUUUUGGACUUGAGAAAUCCGGAGUUUCCAUUGCAUGACCAACAGUCUAGGAGAGAACUUACAGUGACUUCUUUCGAUGCCAACGACGAGGCGUUCAUUACGGUGGACAGCCGUGGAUGGGCUAUCGUGCGCCGGGUGGAUACGUUGGAGGAGGUGUGUAGGUUUAACACGGGGGAGAGAAACGUCAUGGGGUGCAUGAACUUAGGAUACGCGCUAAUGUGCGCCGGGGUGUAAUAAGGGUGUGGAGAUAGAGCAUGAGAAUGGUGGCGACGCUUGUAUAGUUUCAGCGAGAACGUUGGGGAUGUCAACGCGAUGGUGUCAGAUGAAAGGCACGUGGCGGCAGCGAGUGGUGACACGACGAUACACUUGUGGGAUUUCGGUGCACAGUAG